AUAUAAUAAAGGAGAGAAGCAUACACUUGAAAUUGAAAAAUUAAAUUUUUUGUAAGUAAAAAGAAAAACAAAAGCUGCGAUGGCUGCUGCGACGGUGCUCCGCCAUUUCACGCCAAUCUCAUCCUCCCUCAAACCGCCGUCUCGCCACCACCGCCGAUUCCUCCACCACAGCUUAUUCCCCAAACUACCCUUACACUCUCCCCCUUCUCUCCUCAAAUUCGGCGCCGAAAACUCCGAGCCCCAACCUCCACCGUCUCUCCCGGAGACCGAUUGUCCUGUCCCGCCGGAACAGCAGCCGAUCAACGAGUACCAAUCCCUCUCCUCCUCUUUCCCUUUCUCCUGGGCCUCGGGAGACCUAGUCGAGUACUCUUCAAGGCUCUUCAUCACCGGAGCUUCUUUCGCAAUUUUCGUCGGGUUGCCCGUUUCCUGGUUCGGAUCCGUCGGACCCGAAUACGAGCCCGUCAAGAGGAUACUCGCCGCAAGCUCCAGCGGGAUCUUCGUCGUCACGCUCGCUGUCGUGAGGAUGUAUCUCGGUUGGGCUUAUGUCGGAAACCGUCUCCUCAGCGCCACCGUCGAGUAUGAAGAAACUGGGUGGUAUGAUGGUCAGGUAUGGGUGAAAACACCUCAAGUCUUAGCACGUGACCGUCUUCUUGGUUCUUUCUCGGUGAAACCAGUCCUUACCAGAUUGAAAAACACGUUAGUUAUCCUCGGGUUAUCGCUCAUUCUUGUCGUGAACCUUGGUAAUUCUCCGAUUGCAUCAUCUUACAAGACGUAUAAGGAUCCUAGGGAUAGAUCCUCGAUGCCAAUCCCAGGAGCCUACAAUGACGAAACCGCGAGAACGUUCGAACCAGAAGCUUUCUGUGGACCGUCUUCAGAUGAACCUUCUUCAGAUCUUCUGUAAAAAUCUCUUAAUCUUAAAUACAAAUACAAGACUUGUCAUAGUAAAUAUAUCUUGUACAUUCUUGUAGAUUGUCUCUUGAUAAAUCAAAACUCAUUACUAGGUUUCGAAA